UCAACCUAGUGGGGAAACAUCAUGUUGUCCGGCACUGACCGAUGUCUCCUGCUCCUGGGUAGUCCUGGACGAUUCCAAUGGUUAAUGGUUUUCCUACUGUCGCUUCUCCAACUGCACGCCGUACUGAACCAACUUGGCCCGUCCGCUUUCGCUGUUGUACCCAAGCAUCGAUGCCUGGCUCACCCGAAUGCGACGCUGGGCGAAAGCGACAUUUGGCCCGUGGAAACGUUGAGGGGCAAGCAGACUUACUCAUCUUGUCGCUUGUACAAGGAUCCUGAGAACCAUCGCGCUGGAACCCUCGCUUGUAGUCAUGGUUGGGAGUACCUAGUCACCGAGAGGGAGAACAACAUAGUAAGCGAGUGGGAUCUUGUCUGCGAUAGAUCACAUCUGAGAGACUUGCUGUUUUACGUGAGUCCAGCAUGUUCCGUUUUGGGAGCACUGGCGUUUUCUGCACUCAGCGACAGAAUUUGCCGGAAGAUGGCUUUGGUGCUGGCUUAUAUUCUGCAGACAGCGUCCUCCAUUGCAUUGCUGUUCGCACCUACCUAUGUCCUCUUCGUCCUGGUGUUUGCACUGCAGGCAGCCUUCUCUUCGGGCACCCUUGUUGUCUCAUAUGUCCUGCUGCUGGAAGUUCUGCCGACGCCCUUCCACCUGCAAGGCGCUUGUGCACUGUCCCUUGCCUGGUUUCUUGCGCACAUGGUGUUAGCUGCUCUCGUUUCGCUCGUAAACGCCUGGAGGUACCUGCAACUGUCCAUCGCAGCCCCAGCUAUAGUCUGCGCGGCGUUUCUUUGGCUGGUGCCUAGAUCACUUCCGCAAGUCUUGCUCUUGAACAAGAAGCCAUUGGCUGAGGAGACCCUGGUUAAGAUGGCGCACUUCGGCAGAGUAGUUCUGCCGUCAAGUUACAGGUCUCUACUGCAGCAUGUGGCGAGGACGUACCAGGUGCCUCGUGUUGCUCUGUCGGAGAAGCAUAACCUCGGGAACCUUUUUCUGUACAAAUAUAUUAGGAGAUAUCUUCUUACGCAGCUGUACCUUUGGUUCGUGGUAUCCCUAUUCCUACAUAUUGAUGCCUCCCAAAUUGCCAGUCUGUCGGAGAGAAAAGCCGCAGACUUUUUCGUGAGGGGAAUCACAUGCAUAGGUCUCGUGCUAUUAGUCUACAUACUGUCCAGGAGGUUUGGUACGGUUCGCGUGCAGACUUUGCUACUAGCCGCCGGCGGAGUUGCUUACGUGGUCGCCGCCAUAUUUGACCACAGAAGAUACACGGAUGACGACACCGAGGCUGCCUUGUCUGUAGUUCUGCCAGGACUUGUCACGCUACUAGGGUGGCUCAUGGGCACGGUCGCAAAAGGUGUGAUGGUCUUCGACGUCGUCAAGUCAAUGCCAACCGGAACUAGAGCGUUCGGCUUGUCCUGCUGCAUCGCCGUGGGAAACGGUGCUGAAAUGAUAGCGCCAUCGCUGUCCACAUUGGGCGGUCUUCUGCCAUCUUUCUUCGCUAUGGCGGGCUGUGGGGUGCUGGUGCUUACAGCAGCCGGCUUGAGUCUCGUCUAUCCAGAGGUAUGGAACAAACCUUUGCCGCAGACUUUUGAAGCAGCAGACGACGGCAAGGCAGUCAAAGGGAACAAGAGGUCCGGUUCCUAUUCCUUGCCUUAUGGCAGAUACCCUGGGGACUUUGUUUUCUCCAGCGGCGAUCAUCCCAUCGAGACUGUGCUUUCUUUGACAAAUCAGUGUACAGGAGCAAACACGAAUACCUUUUGCAAGAGAUCAGGUGUGACCGCUUCGCAAUCUCAUCAAGUUUACCCCGAAAAAGGAAGCGUAUAUUUUCAGUCAACGCAUGCGAGUAGCACAUCUCAGUCGUAUGCCUCGCAGAAGCAGGACACAUCGUGUUGUUCCGACGGAGACGACUGCGACUGUGGUACAGAAUGCAGAAUAUCAGACCUGGAAGAAGAGAUCAAUCGAGCGUGGAAGAUAAACAUGGCGGAACCGGGUCCGUCUAGUGCUCUAGGCCCGUCCGCCCAGCAGCAUGACUUGCGAUAUUUUGCUAAGCCGGAAAGGAUCAGUGCGCAAGGAUACAGUGAAACAACAUUCUGAAGGCCCUGUGGCAGCAGUGCCUAUUUCAAACACAGGUUGUCUGUGGCUACCAAUGACACUGGUGGUCUGAUGGAGAGUCGUGUCCGUAGCUACGGCUGCCGAAUGCAUUGUCGUGAUUGGCGGACUUCUUUAUGUUGGAGUCGUUGCUCGUAGACAAGCAAGGACCCAGACCAAUAUUUCGGCGCGCAACUUUUGCGUCCUGAAGAAUACGGCAUGGCCGUUGUGUGUAUAGGACGCUGCAUCGUGAGGCAAACCCUGUGUGAUCGUGGAUGAUUAUAUGCAAAUAUGGAGUCUUACAAGAGGUCCGGAGCAUUUUGGCGGACUGUUAUGGGGACCUUCCGGAUUUCUCUCACCUCCUACUGGGCACUGUCGAGGACUCUUGGGGUCCGCAUUCACAACUGAGCCGGCCAUCUCCUUCAUACAGACCAGCUGCACCGCCUGAGCAUGUUCAGGAAAGCAAGUGCGCGAGUAGUUGGAGUCCUUACGUGCGUUCGAGGUCGUGAUAGUAAAAUUUGCUGGGGCUGUAGGAUAGAAUGUUCUAUGAUUAAAAUUCGUUCUGUGA